AUGUCGGAGAGCCGCGUGGUUCCGAGCGGCAAUGUUUACCAGCAGCUCUUUGGUGAUCAGUGCAGCGCUAAAAGCAGGGAGCAUCCCGGCGCCGAGGAUAACGCUGGCCGAGAGGAUGACGGUGAAGGCGACGCGGAGGCGGUGGUCAGGCUUCCCGACGCCGUGGAGGCCCGGCACCAGUCGUGCGACAUCCUGCAGCGCGUCCACCAGAACAAGAAGAUCCAACACCAGGAAGCUGUGCGCCAUGUGCACGCGCAACUCACACACCUGGCGCAGUUGUGCGAGGAGCAAGUGAGGACCCACAGCGUGCAACUGAGGACCAAGCUGCAAAGGAUCAAUGCCUCUUUGCACAAGCUGGCGCAGGACAUGACGCACGUGCAGCAACGCAGCCUGCAGGAGGUGUUGUGCGUGUGGAGCUCGGUGGAGGCUCACAUGAAGGAGAAAAAGUCCAGCGUGUUGACCUUUGAACUGCAAGUCAACCAGUGUGAGCGACUGCGAGUCAACAAGAUCAGACCUGUUCUGCGGAGGUACUGCCACCUGCUGGAGAAGAUCAACUUCCUGCCUUGCACCAACACGCAUAUGCACAUCCACAGCCAGGCCACGAUGCUGAAUCAGUGCCUGCUGGCCAACCGGCGCAGCGCGGCACGCCUCCUGCUGCUGCUGCACGAGGAGGCCCUCCAGCAGGAGGCGCUCUUGCGCUUGCAGUGGGAGGAGUCGGUCAGCCAGUGGAGGCGGAGUCAGGCCGGCCACAUGCUCCAAGAGUUCAGGUUGUCGGUGGCAAGCGUGGACGUGUGGCGUCUGCUGUCGGAGCAGCAGACCUUCCACGAAGCGGACCAGAACCUGCGGCAGUUGUCCCAGCGACGCUGCGACAUCGUCAAGGGCCUUGGCUCCCUGGCCCCGCCCUCCCUCUCGGCUGCGCUGGUCUCCGAUUGGCUGGCGCAACUGACGGCGGUCAAUCAACAGAUCGACACGUGUCACGCCGACUUCCUUCAUCAGCUGCGUUGUCAUUACGAGCUGAUGUGGCAGGAUCGCGUGUCCCAAGUCAAGCGUUGCCAGGUCAGGGGCUAAGCCGCCGCCGCCGCUGCGCUCCAACGAGCUGGCUUGACGCCUUUCUGCCCGCAGGAGGUACUGUCU